GGCUGCAGCUACCUGCUUGCUUGCUAGCUAGCUCCAAACAGACCGAUAGAUACAACCCCCGGCCCUUCACAUCAUCAGUCCACACACCCAACCCAACAAGCGAGUCACGACUGAAGCUGCAGCCUAAUAGCUAGCCGCUAGCCUAGCAGUCCAAUGAGAAGGCACGGCGCCAGCGAGGCCUCCCCUUCCAUCAUCCACACGUCCUCCAUAGCUCUCCUCCAGGAGAGGUUCAGAAACCUGCAGAAGGUGAAGGAGAUGAGGGAAGGCAGGGAGCUGCAGAGGGUGCACGCUGCUGAUACUACUACUACCACCACCAACCGCACCGCUUCGUCGCCGUCGUCCUCGUCGUCCCUGUCGUCGGCUCUCAGCCUCGGCCUCCAACAGGCCGCCAACGCCAACGACCACCCGAGGUGGUUCUUGCACCCGGACUUGAUCCGGCCGUCCAGGCCGCUGCGCGGACACGCGUGCCACGGCCUCGGCGCCACCGGUGGUGGUGUCGUCGUCCAGACGACGUCGCCGCCGCCACUACCGCCGAGCUCAUCGUGGGGAGGAGCGCAGAAUUCGGGCUAUAGGACUGAUAUAGAUGUCGAUACCUCGCUCCAUCUGUAAUCUCUUCUAUAAUAAGCACGUAUGGCCGUGCUGUUCUUUCGUUGCUUUUUUUUUUGGUAUGGCUUGUCAGUUUCCCGGCCUUAUUUGCAGCUAGCUAGCACUACGUACUUCUUCUGUCGUCUCGCGGCCUGCCUUGUAACUGCUUGGGUACUUUUACUAUAUAUGAGGCUUCCU